AUGACCACCAAGAUCGACCUUGGCGUUGCCGGCGACUUCCACGUCCAUCUUAGAGAUGGCGCCAUGAUGGACUUGAUUACACCCACCGUACGUGAAGGCGGGGUUUCCGUGUGCUACGUCAUGCCCAACUUGGUGCCCCCCAUCACCACCAUCGACCAAGUCGUCUCCUACAAGAAGCAGCUCCAGGAGUUGGCCCCGCACACCACCUUCUUGAUGUCGUUCUACUUGUGUCCUGCUUUGACUCCCGAACUCAUCGACGAAGCGGCUAAAAUGGGAGCUAUCCAGGGGGUCAAGUGCUACCCUGCCGGUGUCACCACCAACUCUGCUGCCGGCGUCGACCCUAACGAUUUCACUCCCUUCUACCCGGUGUUUGAAGCGUUGCAACGUAACAACUUGGUGCUUAACUUGCACGGGGAAAAGCCCGCUAAGGACGAACCGGAAGCCGACGGCGAUGACAUCACCGUGUUGAACGCCGAGCCGAAAUUCUUGCCUGCUUUGCGCAAAUUGCACGCCGACUUCCCUAAGCUUAAGAUCAUCCUCGAACACUGCACCACUGCCGAUGCUAUUGAGACGGUGAGAGACAUUAAUAAGGGUAAGCUGGGGGCUGACGUCACCGUGGCCGCCACCAUCACCGCCCAUCACUUGUCGCUCACCAUUGACAGAUGGGCGGGUAACCCCAUCAACUUUUGUAAGCCCGUGGCCAAGUUGCCUCGCGACAUGAGAGCCUUGGUGGACGCUGCCACCUCCGGUGAACCGUGGUUCUUCUUCGGCUCCGACUCGGCGCCUCACCCCGUGGAAAAGAAGGCCGUCCACACCGGCGUGUGUGCUGGUGUCUACACCUCGUCGCACGCGUUGGCCUACGUUGCUGAAGUGUUCGACAAGGCUGGCAAAUUGGAUACUUUACCCAAGUUUGUUCGUGACAAUGGGUUUGCCUUUUACGAAGUCAAUGUCGACGAAAUCAAGGCUAAGGAACUGCAGAGAGUGCUGUUGGUAAAGAGAGACAACGUGGUGCCGUCGCUGGUGUCGAACGACACGUUGUCGGUGGUCCCUUUUGAAGCGGGGCAAACCUUGCACUGGCAAGUCGAAUGGAACUAA